AUGCAUUUACAACUUACACUCAUUGCUCUGGCGUUUAGAUAUUCCUUUACAUCAGUUCUCUCCUUGCCUACCAAUGGUAUCGAAUCAUCUCCUCAAACUCAUCUCAGUCAAUCUAUUCAUAGGCGAACGGUAGAUCCCCUUGAGAUUUCUCACAUAAGAGAGGAAACAAGCGCAGAACUCCUUCCAUCAAUCUUUAGUGCUGACGGGGUUGUAUCCUACAAAGGCUCAUUCAACCCGCGCCCUCGUGUAUUCACUUUCAGAAAUGGAGAACCGAUUUCUUACGAUAUCCCCUCAAAAAAAAUGAACGCAGCAACUGAACAACGUCAGUUUCGAGAUGAAGUAUCUGAACAGAAAUCCGCCCCUGACAAGAAGAUCGACACCAAGACGAGAUUACAAGUCUAUUCGGAAGAAUGGGUGGCCCAAAAGCUUGCACCUGAGGCAAUGAUCCGAUUUGGAGAAGCCUUAAGAAUCAACAACAAUGAAGUAUAUCCUCUGACAGCACAAUCAUUUGAUGUUUUAAAAGCCUUACCCUCCGACUUAGGCUGGGAUGAACAACAAGCGAAACAAAAAACGGCUAAUGUGCUUGAGUGGUACCGAACGAACAAAGUGGCUUCAUUAGCUCAUGAACAGCAAGAGAUCUUGGACUUCAACCUUGCAAUUGCGAAUUUAGAUCAUCGACCUUGGUGGACCGAAGAUGAUAUGCAAGCUUGGCAAACUACCAAUAUGCCUUGGAAAACCAUCACUCAAGUCGGUAGCAUAUUAGAGCGUAAAGUAGAAGAUUCUAUGUCACCAGAAGAACUCAAUAAUGUUAGAAAUGAAAUCCUAACCGUCCUCGAUAACUUUGCCGCUCACAACGAUAUUGAAGAAGAAAUUGAAGGUACCGAUAGUCAAUCUCGUGGAGCGAUAGCUGUUGCACUCAAACAAGUUACCGGAGCAAACAAAGCUUCUAAAUCAAAAACAAUUUACCCUGAAUUUGAUCAAAAACUUAAAUUGAUCGGACCCCAACCUGAUGAGAUUAAAGAAAUCAAGAUCUUUUUAAAAAAUCAGAAUAGUGGUCUGCUUCAUUUAAAUAAAAAGUUUCGAGUUUUAGUUCAUAUGCAAUUACUUCUUAAUGGAAUUCCUUAUGAUAUUGCAGAGAAAUAUGCAAAGGCUUAUAAGACCGUUAGUGCUGCUUAUUUGAGUCUCGCUACGGGUGGUAUGGACAUGCUUUCAGCAAUGAAAGAAAUCCUGCCGAGAGAUGGGGGAGGGAAAAUAUAUCAUAUGGCUACCUACAACGCUUUAAAGAGUUUUUUCGCAGACAUUUAUGGUCCAAUGAAUGUGGCCGUCGUAAAUGGAAAAGCUUCUAAGCUGUUGCGUCUCAAUGAGAAGAUAAUAAAAUAUCAUAUCACUUGGAUGCCCCCGUUAGGGCUGUAA